UGCGAUUAGUCAAAAACUGGAUUAAUCGUGACUGCGGAGUGCCCAGAUAAGCUUCGUGAAUCCUAACACCUGUAGCUUUCUGUAGAAACCACAUGGAUUCCAGCAUCAUGGUCAUCAUCACCGUGGUGACGUUGCUACUGGUGUGUCACGUGACACCAGUGACGUCAACGUGCACCAUGGCUGACAACGUGUGCGAGUUCCGCCUGAGCAUCAGCCGCCAGCUCUCCAUGGUACACAAGGACUCCAUGGUGAAGCUGCGAUUCGGGAAGGUGUACAAGUCGGUCGCAACUGUGUAUAACAACAACACGGAGAUCCCUCUAGACGAGGUCAUUACAGGGGAUGGCUGGACGGAGCCCCGACCGGUGUUGGUGUUCAACAACCAGAUGCCUGGACCCCCUAUAGAAGUGUACCAGGGGCAGACCGUCCUCGUCCACGUCACCAACAACAUGGACAGCGACACGACGUCCGUUCACUGGCACGGGGUGCACCAGAAGGGUAGUCCCUGGAUGGAUGGCGUGCCCUUCCUCACACAGUGCCCAAUCCUGCCCGGACACACCUUCACGUAUCAGUUUGUUGCUGACCGAACAGGGACCUACUGGUACCACUCCCUAAUGGCCGGACAGACCACGGACGGUGCUUUAGGUCCACUAAUCGUCAGGCCACGUAAAGUCUCGGACGGACGAGAGUUCAUCUUGACCAUCCAGGACUGGAACCACUCUUGGGAUAGCCAGGAUUCGAAGCUGAGGAUGAGACAGGGUUGGGUCCGGAAUGGUGCACCUACCCCAUCGACCACCUCUCCGACCGGAUCCAAAUACACAAUCACAAGAGUGGACACCGGCCUCGUGAACGGCAGAGGACGUUACCAAGGUGGAUCCAGCAAUAUUCCCCUGACCAAGUUCCAAGUGGAACAAGGCUUGGACUACCGGUUCAGGACAAUCCAUGCAGGAGCCAUGCUUCUUCGGAUGUCCAUCGACAAGCACAUGCUGACUGUUGUUGCUCUAGACGGGGUUGACGUUCGACCUGUCACGACUGAGUCGUUCAUUAUCUAUCCGGGCGAGAGGGUGGACUUUGUCAUCUACGCCGACAAUGCUGUGUCUAACUAUUGGGUGAGGGGCGUUGCAUUGGAGGACAAGAACCCGCGUGUCCUGAACUCUAUCCUGCAGUAUAAAGGUGCCCCAGAUGCUGAGCCAAAUUCUGCUAGAAAAGGAUGCACUGCCAGUGAUGUAUGUCUCAUUCUGAACUGUCCCUUCCAAAGCUAUCCUUCAAUGCAGUACACAAGAUGUUUAUCUGUAGAUGCGUUGAGGUCUUUUAAACUUUACCAAGCUACAGUUGGUAAGUCGAAAAUCAAAGAAAUAUUUUUAAACUUUGGGUUUCCCGGGUAUGACAGUAAGCCAGGUUCUGUUAACGGUUAUGCGUUUGACAACUACCCCCAGUCACCACCUUUGACCCAGAAAAGCGUUAUACCAUGUAAUGCAAGCGUCUGCGGAGACGACGCGGUUUGUCACUGCCCUCUGGUGGUGGACUUGCAACAAGGGGAAGAACUCCAGCUUGUACUCAUCAACAUGGGUCAAGGCGGCGGCUGGGACAACCCGGUACACAUUCACGGCCAUCAUUUCCACGUGCUGAAGACGGGCUUCGCGGUAUAUAACAAAACAACGGGCCUGUUCAGGGGAGACAACUUGGAUGUCGACUGUUUGGGAAAUCCAGACAGGCAGGUCAACUUUUGCAACAGAGCCACGUGGGGAAAUCCCGCAUGGCUGAAUGGAAACAUACCGGGAGCCAAUCUGCAAAAUCCCCCUGAGAAGGACACAGUGGUGGUACCUAAUGGCGGAUACGUCGUAGUCAGACUAAGGGCGGACAAUCCUGGGUUGUGGCUGGUGCAUUAUGGGAACACGCCUCACUUUAUGGAUGGUAUGGCACUGUUAUUGAGAGAAUCAUUCGCUUCCAUACCUCCUACCCCCUCAGACUUCCCCUCGUGUGGGUCCUCCACCCAGGGAUAUGCGGGUACAACAACAGCCCCCGGAACCACUGGAGGCAUGGGAAUCGUUGGAUAAAGAACAUAUGCAGAUAUAGUAUGACCAGAAAUUAUUGAGAAUUUUAGGAAUAUGGUUAAUUGGAUUUCUAGUAUAAAAACCUUGACCAGCUAUCAAGUGCUUGGGUUCAUUCAAGAGAGACAACUCC